AUGGCUCGAAGCUCCUCGCCGCUGCCCAUCCGGCACGCCAACAGCCUCCCCAAAACUCCCACAGUUGCACGCCACCCGAUUCUACUCGACCCCGACGAAUUGGGGAUGGAUACAGUACCUUGCUCGCCCGGCUUUGCUCUUCGCCGUGAUGAUACUACACAGCCUACCCAGAUAUUAGGUCGGAAUACCCCAACGCUGGAGGUCUCAUCGCCCCCAAGCAUCGUCGAGGUUCCCGCCUCCUCAUCACCAUUCCAGCCAGAAAAGCGACCGAUGCUGGGCUCACGACUCGCGCCCGCGGGGACGGUUUUCCGCCCUCCCCCUCGCCCCCAGCCACGAGUUCCGCAGAAGCGUCCUGCUCCAGAGCCAAUUGAUCUCAUAUCCGACGACGAAGAUGACUUGCUGCCUCCCCGUGGUGAUAUUAGACCUACAACGUUCAAAGCCCCAAUUUCAUCGUUCGCUUACAACCCCGCGGCCGACAAGGAGAAGAAGAUGAGAGAAAAGCUGCGUCAGAUCUUCGACGUAUUCGGGCCGAAAUUUCCCUCCGCCGUCGUUAAACAAGCGUUGGAGGAUAAUGAGCUGGAUGUACCCCGGGCGAUCGAUUGGCUGGAUAACUACGGCUCCCAGAAGUCCGUGAAGGCAAAGCCAGCAGCAGGUCCUGCUGGUCGCCGUCUCGUCAAUAAAGCGUCGUUGCAGCCAACCAAGAAGGCCCUUGCUGUGAAGGCACCGACCCCGAGCCCGCCAAAGCCCGCCAAGCGGCGUCUAAUCCAGGGAUUGAAACGGCGUGGAACUCCCUCGCCUCAAAAAGCACAGCCAGAACUUCCGGAGCCCCCGUCGAGCGAUGACCCUCUCAUUAUUGACCUUGUCGAUGUUGAUGAUAAGGAGGAUACAUACGAGGCUGAGCAGUCACCUUCUUCGGACGAUGAGAGCGACGACCGAGUAUUGAAAUGUAUUAAUUCAAGUACAUCAAAGGAGUUGGCAGCGAUGACUGGCAUGAAAGAGGCUCUCCUUGAAAAUAUCACGGCUAAACGCCCAUUCCAAACGAUCUCGCAGGUCCGACAAGUGUGCCUGCCUAAGAAGCCCGGUGCUCGCAAGUCCUCCAAGGUCAACGUUGGAGACAGCGCCGUUGAUGCUAUCGAAGUCUUCCUAGACGCUGUGUCUGCAAUCGACAAGGUGGUGGCCAAGUGUGAAUCGCAGGCCAAAAUGGUAAAGGGGGUGAUGGAGAACUGGGACCUCGACACCUUCGGGCAUAACAAACGAAGCGGCCGAAACUCCCCUUUGGCUGAUGACCUCCCCCCAACGCCAACGAGCGUAACAUCUUACCAAUAUGUCAGACCACCCGUGCCAAGUCAACCGGAUCUCAUGUCGACCAACUGUCAGAUGAAACCUUUCCAGCUAUUCGGUCUCAACUGGAUGUCAUUACUUCACACCUAUGGCAUUGGCUGUAUUCUUGCCGACGAGAUGGGUCUUGGAAAGACCUGCCAGGUUAUCUCGCUUAUGUGCCAUCUUGUUGAAAGUUACGAAAAUGACAAUAGUAGCCACGAUGCCCGGCCGUGGCCAAACUUGAUUGUUGUACCACCAAGCACAUACAAUAACUGGCUGGCUGAGUUCAAGAAGUUCGCUCCGUCCCUCAGCGUUGCCGGAUACAGGGGAUCGCAAUCUGAGCGUGCUGAGAUUGCAUAUGAGGUGGAACAGGACCCGGAAGCCUAUCACGUCGUUCUCGCAACAUACUCGCAAAUCAACUCAUCAACCGAUAUCGAAGCCAUGCGAGACUGUGAUCUUCACGCAGCCAUAUUUGACGAAGGACACAAGAUGAAGAACCCGGAGACGAAGAUUUACAAGGAUUUGCGUCGGAUUCCGUCCAAGUGGAAGAUGCUUCUGACAGGCACGCCUGUCCAAAACAAUCUUCUGGAGAUGACUUCUCUUCUAAGCUUCAUCAAUCCUGAGAUUUUCGAAGGUCACAUGGAAUCAAUCCGGUACAUCUUCAGCACCAAGGUCAGCGUCCGAGACGUGUCCAACGGUGCUUUCCUCUACAGUGAGCGCGUCAAGCGUGCUCGCACAAUCCUCGAGCCGUUCAUUCUGCAACGGCGGAAGGAUCAGGUCUUAUCCGACAUGCCUCAGAAGACCUGUACGGUUGUUCAUUGCGAUAUGCCCAAAGGUCAAAAACCAAUUUACGAUGAGUACGAAGAAACGUUCAGAAUGGAACCCUCGCAGCGGGCGGUGAAAUCCAAGGGUCGACAGAACGACCAGAACAAUAUCUGGAUGCAGCUUCGGAAAGCAGCAAUCCACCCUCUUCUAUUCCGUCGACACUUCACGGACAAGUCGGUGGAAGAGAUGGGGAGCAUCUUGAUGGAUAGACUAUCACAGGAGGAGCUGCACCAGCCAGAUCUCAAACACCUCAUUCAGGAACUUAAGAACUCCUCUGAUUUUGAGCUGCACCUCUGGUGUCGUGACUAUCCCCGCCUGCUCAAAAAGUUCGAUUACCCGCCGGAAGCGGAACUCGAGAGCGGCAAAGUCCAGAAACUCCUCGAGCUCAUUGAUCAGUACCAAAAGAACGGGGACCGAGUCCUGGUCUUCAGCAAAUUCUCCCGGGUCAUUGAGAUUCUCCGCGAAGUUCUAUCUACCAAGGACAUCGACCAUCGCGUCCUCAUGGGCAACACCAACGUCUCAGAGCGACAGACCAUGAUCGACGAAUUCAACCAGGACGAGACCAUCCCCGUCUUCCUCCUGACGACCGGCGCGGGAGGCACCGGCAUCAACCUCACGUCGGCCAACAAGGUCAUCAUCUUUGACCAGUCCGACAACCCCCAGGACGACAUCCAGGCCGAGAACCGCGCCCACCGCCUCGGGCAGAAGCGGGACGUCGAGAUCAUCCGCCUCAUAGCGCGGCACACGAUCGAGGAGCUCGUCCUCAAGGCCUGCCAGAAGAAGAUUGAGCUCGCCAACAAGGUCACGGGGGCCGUCGAGGAGGUCGACCAGGAGGCCGCCUCGGAGAAUCUCGAGAAGGAGGUGCGCAAGAUGAUGGAAGAACAGAUGACCCCGCCAUAG